GAUAUAAGAAGACAGCAUGCAGCUCAGGUACGGCACACAGCUUCUGUUACAGCUUCUAUCAGAGAGUUUCCCUGCUGGAGCUGGACUGUGGGCUUCUGUUGACGCUUCAUGAUGGGUUUCCUCAGUGUUUCUUGGAUCUGCUUCCUGGUUUUUGGUGCUGGAGCUGCUCUCCCUCUGACUGAAGGUGAUCAGCCUGGUGGGAGCAUUGAUUACAGCAGGUUUCCUGUUGUUCGAGCUCCACCCGUCACUCCUGUGCUCGCCAGUGAUGAUGCUCCUGCAGCCUCUGACUCUGCCUGGCGCUCCAGUGGCGCCUCUCCUCGCUCUGGUUUCUCUGCGGUCCAGCAGCCUGCAGCAGCCCCACAACAGGCCCCUUCUGGUUCUGGAGCUCCCAGUCUCAGCUACCAGCCCAGUUCUGGAUCUAGCUCUGGAGGGCCCCUCAGACGUCUUGUGAGUUCAGGUUUCCCCGGUCAUGGUGUGAGGUUGUCCCAUCCUGGUGUUGGUGCAGCUGGGAGCUCCAGUGUGGGAGCCUACAGACCCAUCAGCUCUAGUUCUGCACAGCCUACUGGAGGUGCCAGCGUGGGUCUGAACCCUGCAGCCCACAGAUUCAACAUCCCCAGCUUUGCACAGCCCUCUCUGACCUCCAGCGUGGGUGUGAACCUUGACCCCUACAGCCCCAUUGUUUCUGCUGGAGACUCGGCUGCACCCUCCAGCUUGGACCGGCCCGUUCAGGCUGCUCCUGCAUCGUCCGGCCUGGAGUUUCCUGUUUACUACUUCGUGGCUCCCCCCAGCUCCAGUUUCCAUGAAGAUGAAACCCCACUGUCCUGGCCCCAGCAUCCUGCAGGAUUGUCCUCCUUCAGCCCCAGCGGCUGGAUGCCGUCUCGUUCUUUCCCCGUCCUCGGCGUCUGGAGCUCUGAGGACGUCUCUGCUAAAGGGGUGAAGCAGGAGGCCGAGAGCGAGGAGGUGUCCCUGGUGCCGUCUUCGUCCUACAUCGUCCAGUCCAGAAACGGCUACCUGAGAGCCAGAGAAGCAGUGGCUCACCUGAGCUACGUCCCAGAGCAGGGUGAACCACAGGUGAUCUACUACGAGGUGGUCCAGAGGCCAGAGCAGCCUGCAGCUGCACCCAAGGCUCCAGUCAAAGGAGGGAAGAAACCCUGAGGAGGUAAAACCCCUCUAAUGGUACAGCUUUAUUAAAAACCAGGGGUUUAUCAUGGCUGACCUUACCUUUGUCUCUGCUGGUUGGUGAGAGGCUUUGUGGAUUGUCUGGAAGUUCAAAUAAAAAAACUGACUUUAAAAUA